AUGCCACUUCGUUGUGGAUUCGUUCUGUACUUCCCCACCGCACCCUUUUACCUGCUGGUGCUGUCGGAUGGGAUGCACAUUACAGUCUGGUCCCUCCCGGAGCUGCUUCCGCCCGGUGUGACGAGCGCGUCUCAGUGUCGUCGAAGUGGUACCCUGCAACGAGGCCCCGUGAAGUACCAAGAGACCCAUGCAUUGCAGCUUCCCUUUAUCACGGCCUACGACCACAGACUGACCAAAGCCAUUUACCUGCCCCUCUCCAACUCCCUUGUGGCGCUUACAGACCGGGGGGAGGACACUUCAAUUGUUAGUGCCGUUGACGCAGAGUCUUUUCGUGUGAUUGAUGGCCUCCCGAUGGCGUCGAAAGAGAUUCCUAUAUGCGUCGAGUCCCUGUCAGCUUCUCUGGCCGAUGUUGUUGUUAUUGGCACGGUGGUGCAGACGGGCGGUGCCGCGACCGAUCCGACGUCGGGGCGGCUUUUGGUUGUGCAUGUGAAGCCGCUUCGCAUAUCCUCAGCGGCCUGCAUCACCACAGGUGGGGUGCUUGACAUCUCUGUGCAGGAAUGUGAUGGCGACCACCUCGUUGCGGUGGCCGGCAUGGACCGUGUCCUAGUGUAUCGCCUUGCGGGGCUUACACUUUCCCUUCUCUGCCUUUCCGAAACGAGGUCAGCAUGCACGACGGUGGCACUGCGUCACCCGUUUCUUUCCUCUGGGUUAUAUGCGUGGGGGACCCAAUACAUGCAGCUAGUACCCGAGGGGAGUACUGGUGGGAAGCUCGAGGCAUGGGAAACUGUUCCCACCGAUCAGGAAGACGAUGGUCGCGGCACUAACCAAAGUUGCGGUGAGAAUACGGGUGGUAGUCAACUGAGUGCUCUCGAGCAAGUCGACCCCUCUUACUGGGCGCGUUGGCGUGGGGUCGGGUUUACACUCAAGACCUGUGCGCUGGAACCUACUGCUUUUGCGGGUGUUCAUUCACAAGCCGUCUACGGUAAUGGAGUAGCUCGUGCUGACAGUGAGCGGAAUGUCGUUACUGUUGCCUUUUUGGAUCCUCCGGGGUUCGCGUCAGAUGCGGCGCCGGACACCCGCGUCGUUGGCCUUGAGGGGGGUUACAGCAGCAUUCUGACGCGCGCUGUGCGUCUGCCGUCGCUUCCGUUACGGGUUCAGUCGAGCGCACAAGGGCGGUCACCCUGGCGGUUCCGCAACACUCCGUUUGUGACUUGGUCUGAACGCCUCACCUCGCUGCGACUUGUCGGUCCAACGCUGCUGCUGCCUUGCGCUGACGGCAGUCUGCAUUGUGUGGGGGAAAUUCCCAGCGCCUUUGCAAGUCCGCUGCUGCGAUUGGAGCAGCGCAUCACGGAGCUGUACGACACCACACUGAGCUUUUCUCGCCACUGCGCUGGUGGUGGCUGUGAUGCUGGGUUGCAGCGAACAUACCACUCGGUCAGCUUUGAGGCAGAGGUGGCAGUGCAGAGUGCGACACGUAUGCUGCGUAAACAGUCUUUCUUGUGCCUGGAUGCCAUUGAUGAAUUCUUUUUGCUAACGCGUCUCACCGAGAUGCCGGACCCGAUGCUGACGGCGGAGGAGCAAGAGUGGGUCACGUGCAAGAAGCGAAUGAUGGAUGCGCACCUUGAACAUGUCUGGGAGGAGUAUGCAGGGGAGCUGCAGGAGGUGGACGUGUGUGACAUGCUGCACCUCUGGUAA